AUGCCGCCAGGAAAUGCAUCCACGAUAAAGAGGCAUACAUCGAGAAGUGCCGAGUCCAAGAAUGCGAUCCGCGCAGCCGUCCCAGACGUCCGAUGUGGCUCAGCUUUACUGCAGAAGGGAGGCGGUAUCAAAAGCAACAAUAGUGUCCACCCAGUUGCUCCUAUCACUCGGUCACUGGUGUUGACGUCUUUAACGGAGGAUGCUGAAAACGCUACAGUGAACACUUCAACGACCCAAAAUGCACAAGACUACCUUGUCAAGGUGCGAGUGUUGCACGGAAUCGACUUACAUGUUCACAGUACGAAAACUACUUGCCGGCAUCCAGCGCUACCUGAGGUCAAUGUUACAGUCAAUGGUAGUACAACGCAGUCUUGCACCGCGGCUCAGCAUGCUCGCAACCAUUCCGCGUGGAAGAAACAUGAAUUAAAGUUCCAUGUCAACAGUAGAAACCAAAACCCAGCACAGUCCAAGCCUGACGAGGUUAUUUCAUCUUUCAUCACGAUGUACGUAUCAUUAACUUGCAUGCCUUGCUCGUGUGCAUCCAAGAUACCGGAUAAAGCGAUUGCAAUUGGAGAAGUGGGGGUACUUCAGUUCCCUACCAAACAAAAUGGGGAUUACGAGAUCUCGCGUUUCUUUCCAGUCAUCAGACGUCAGCAGCGAAGUUCUCAAUCCUCGUACGCACUGCUUCCUGCCGGAAAAAUCAAGCUUUGCAUACGCGUGGAAGUAGAGAAGCCCGUUCCGGACCGUGUUGAAAUUCCCAAACGCCCUCCUUUUGCACUAUCCAACUUUGGAGAAGCUCUCCAGCUCAAACGGAAACAAUUGAAAGCCACAGUUGUGCCAGAAGACAAUUCACAAAAAAUGAGUAACCAGCAACUGUCCCAGUUUGACUCGGAUGCUUCUUUGCAGUUGUUAAAGGAGAUCACCAUCGAGGCAACGCGCGAUCUUGUUAACGCAGAGAACUUGAAAAUCGAAGGACGAAUUGGAGAAGGCAUUCACUCCUGUGUUAGUCUUGGUACUUUGCAGCAAGAGAGCGCUCAGCAAGUUGCAGUGAAAGAGUUUCGACACCAACACACAGUUCCGCCCGUGAAUGUCCUCCGUGCUUUUCAACAAGAGUAUCAAAUUCUGAAAACGUGUCGAAGCCAGAAUGGUAAUGAGUACAUAGUUGAACUUCACGGCGUGAUAUUGGAACCUCGUUUGAUUAUCCUGAUGGAAUAUUUCAGUCACAACAGCUUGGCUCAGUGUUUACUGAAUGAAGUUACGUGGGGUCAAAUGACAAUGAAACACAAAGCAACACUUGGCUUGAAAAUUGCACGAGGAAUAUCGUGGCUGCACAUGCACGGCAUGAUUCAUCGAGAUAUUAAGACCCACAACAUCCUUAUCGGCGAUGAUCUAGCCACACCAAACCCAAGAGUAAAGAUCGGGGAUUUAGGUAGUGCUAUAGUUUGGUCCCAAAACGACCCACUUCUAUUGGAAGAAGUGGGGUCAUCAGGAUACACUGCUCCGGAGAUAUUCACUCACCAGGGCUACGAUCGCAAAGUCGACGUCUGGAGCUUUGGAAUCGUGCUAUGGGAGCUAACGGCAAGCUCUAUACGCAAUCGUGUCAAUCCAUUCACGGGAGUCACAGGUGAGGAGUUGGUGAGCAAAGUUCAAAGUGAAUGCCGACCCAAUUUCGUCCACGCACAUCAACUCUGUGUCAAGCCUAUCGUGGAGAAAUGCUGGAUACUCGAUCCAUCCCAGAGACCAACUAUGGACGAAGUGGUUAGUGAUCUAGAAAAACUAAGCACUGAGCUUUGA